AAAAAACAAUCGAUGACCUCGCUCGUCUGUCAGGCGUGUGUCGCGAGGAGCUGGUCGGUCGAGUCGAAUGUCAGCGAAAAGAACAGAAAAAAGUUGAUGUAACAAACGUGAUCGUGAAAUAUUUUGUGAAAUUAUCGAAUUUAUUGCUCUAAAUUACGAACAAAUCAAAUAAUCAGCCAUGGAGGAAUACGCCCGGGAACCGUGCCCAUAUCGAAUUGUGGAUGACUGUGGUGGUGCAUUUGCGAUGGGCUGCAUAGGUGGUGGCGUGUUCCAGGCAAUCAAAGGCUUCCGUAAUGCUCCCUCUGGUUUCAGCAGACGACUGGUCGGCAGUUUGACGGCCAUCAAGUCUCGCUCUCCGGUCAUCGCAGGAAAUUUCGCAGUUUGGGGCGGUAUGUUCAGCACAAUCGACUGCACCCUGGUGCAUUUCCGGAAGAAGGAAGACCCGUGGAACUCGAUCAUCAGCGGAGCGGCCACCGGAGGCAUCCUGGCGGCACGUAAUGGCGUCGGCGCUAUGGCCGGCAGUGCCAUCAUCGGUGGCGUCCUGCUGGCACUGAUCGAAGGCGUCGGAAUCCUGUUUACGAGAAUUUCCGCCGAACAGUUCCGCUCACAGCCGAUCGUGGAAGACCCCUCGGCGCUGGGUGACCCCUCACAGAAUGCUGCCGGUGCAUCGGCAUCGGCGUCGUCGUCCUCAUCGAUGCCAUUCGGUUUCGGUCAGUCAGGUCAAAAUUAUCAAUAAGAACGUCGUCAUCUUGUCGUUGUAGGGCUUUAGUUUAAUUUUAAAAUAGAGGAAAACAAACUAAAGUUGGACAUUUUUGACCAACGAUUGAAGGCUAGACGUAUGAAUGUGAUAGGGAAAUAGGACGUACUCACAAUUUUGGCUCUCGUUACUGUUUGGCCAGUUGGGUUCGUUUCGGGUUGGAUUGAGUUCAAUCGGAAGGUUCAUUCUUCUAGUCUAGUCCAAGGUAUCUAGAAGAGUAGGUAGUCUCAUUCGUUACUUCGUGGAGUUCGCCAUUUUGAAAGAAGUAUGCAUGUGUAUAGCAAAGCGAAUCAUACCAUCCCUCCUGGAUACCUUGGUGUAAUCGAUGGACAGUCAUCAAAUAACUUCCUGUGAUUGCUUACCCUGAACGUGACUGACCUAGUCUUUUUCCUUGUAUAUAUUCCAGGGAAAGAGAAAGGAUUCAAUUAGAAUGGAAGCUUGACCCUUUCCAAUAGUGUGAUGAUGAUGAUGAUGAAAAACCCGCGGGAACUUUGUAACGGAUGACUGCGAGCGAGCGCGAUUAGGUACGAUUGUGUGAUAGAAUCUAGUGAAACUGUAUGGUAAACAAAGGUGGGGACAAGAAAAGUGUUCUGCAAAUACACGCCGAAUUUCGGUACAUCCGGAUGCCGAUAAAACAUAACGAACGAAACGAUCGGGCGGUGGCAUUGUUGGAUGAAAUGUUUCUAAACUAUUUCCUCCAACUACUGAGCUUCUCGGUGAACGAUGAAUGGAAUCGUCAACUUUUUUCUGUUUCUUUCAGAACCGGAUGAGCAAAAUUAGACCUAGUUUUCUGUAUAUAAAUCUAAGAGCAAAUAAAAUUCGAUUAUUUCAAACUUGAUUAAAA